CUAGCGUAGGUAAAUAUGCCCGAGGCAAUUACAGGUGGUGAGUCGCGUCAUUAACGGUUAAUAUUGAAAUAUGCGUAUUUAGUACAAGAUAAUAACAAAACAUAGUGGACGGGAAACUGAGCCUCACGAUUCGUUCAGGAUUAUGUUUGGAAUGUUACAUUCAUGGACAAAUUCAAAUGUGCAUCACUUCAUCAGCAAUCUGAGAUUUGACGGGGCUGAUGUAGAGGUGCCGUGACAGAAAACAGAGGUAUGACGAGAGAUUUGUUUAACAUUGGUAAUUAAUCACCCACAGAAUUUUAUACCAACCGUAUGCAUGGAGUGUCGAUGGCAACAUGGCUUUUUGAACAUAUAUCACCUAGAAGAUCUGCUUACUUCUAUCAGAGAACAUACGACCACAAAGAAUGACAUCCGAUGUCGUUCCUAUCCUCGUCUCCAUGUUUAUUGUCACGUGCAUGGCAUCUCAAGUGUUUGAUUGGCUAAAACCGGAUAUAUUUGAUGAGUUGGACGACAAAAUGGUAGCCGUCCACGAGGACAACUGUCGGUCCAAAGCCAAAUCCGAUAUGUUGUUUCCAACAGAUACAAUUUCUCAAAUCCCGAAAUUCAAUAAAUUAAAGCAUCGUAUUUUCUACAAGAAUCGAACAAGUUUACUUCAUCUACAUAACAUGGCCUUAAACAGAGCCUUCUUCUUCAGUUAUAUUCUACAAAAGAUUAACACCUCUGAAUCCUUCCAUAUCCAACCUAACAUUCAUUAUCUUUACAUGUCGGUUACUGCUGACAUCAAUGCAAAUCCUUCCGGUAUAAACGGAAGUGCCUUAUACUUCGAUCAAAACUGUUACUAUCCCAACUGGUUCACAGAACGUGAUUUUAACGAGACUAUCCCAUUAUUUGGUCCUCGGGCCUGGCGCUGGGACGAUACGGAGGAUCAGGACAACUUUCUCCGGGAGCCAACACGAAAAGUUGCAUUUGUGGACGACGUCGGCACGGGACACAGCAAAAACUACACAAGUGAUUCGUUCAAGAUGAACCCAUGGUAUAAAUUUUGGCUUCCGGAUAGCGAUCCCUCAUUAGAUUCUGCACAAAAGUUUACUUACGGGACCGGCAUUAAGUACUCAAAUGAGACCGGGAAAUUUACACACAAUGAAUUUGAGCUCUUUAAUUUCUUCGGUCCAAAUUCUCCUGGACAGGAGGUGGAAGACGACACCCUACUUCCGGUUCGGUUCACGCGCCCUUACUUCGACUGUAACAGGUCUAAUAAGUGGGUAGCGAGUGCAGUAUCUCCUAUUGUAGACUACAUGCCAAGAUACCUCAACUGGACGCACAUGCGCCGACCAAGGUUUGUCGGAGUGAUCGUGAUGGACAUUGAUUUCAAGGAGAUAGAUUUCAACCCAUGCGCUGUCGGUAUGGGUAACCCUGGGCCCAGCUACCUGGCCGGGAUAGCUAAGUGUAGGGACACAACCAGGUGUAAACACAGGUCCGGACAGGGGUUCCGGCGGGACAGUUACACCUGUUCCUGUAGGUCUGGGUUUUACCUACCUCUCUCCUUCGAGCGGAACUACAAAGGGUAUAACGUGGAACAAGCUACCUAUGACGAAUACAUGGCCGGCUUCAAGUGCAUUCGUACCCAGUACCUUCGGGUGUUACCGGUUAUAGGCCAGUCUCGACGCCUAGUGUCAGAAGUUGCCUUAAUCAGCAGUUCAAACACAUCUUCUGAAGGUCGUACAGAAAAACAGAUAGACAGCAGGAAGAAACGAUCUGUCAUUUUACAGUUUAAGCAAUCAGCUUAUGAUAAAAUGAUGAGGAUAUUUCGGCAUAUAAAGAUGGUUUCAUCAGCAAACUGCAAGACUCUCUCGGAUAAUACUUUACAUCUUUCUGGAGAUGUCGCUUAUGGGGUAGAUACCCAAUUUGAAUCUCAGGGACGCACUGCAUUGCGUUUGUCACAUUUUCUCAGUAAUUUUCACCAAAAUAUAAACCCAUAUGAACGAUUCGGAUGGAUUCGAGGCGGAGGACGAUUACACCAGGAACAUAUUUUUGGCGAAGUCAUCGCAAACGUGAUGGCUGACCAUAAGAUUUUGUCGUGUGGUGUGUAUUAUGAACCCUACGUUUUUGAAAACAUAGACGGUUCGAAGAGGAAAUUUUUCGGACCAUUUGCCUAUCAAAAGAAGGGGGUGACAUACGCAAUCGACACCGCUGGUUUGAAUAUGCCAUAUGUGUACGAGCAAUGGUACAGGCGCGCACGCGAACGCUGGAGCACAAAUAUGGAGUCACUUAAAUCCUACAAGAUGAGGCCAAUGGUAAGAACGGAUGCGCAAGGAAACGGUUCAGUUAAAUUUGAAUAUUUUCCUGUUACAUACCAAGCGUCUGAUUACGCAGGCGGAAUCUGGAUCGGACCUACGUUUAAAUGCGAUGGAAACAUUGAUGCCUGGGUCCUAACAUACAUAUCACCAUUCUUUAGAAUGGAACGAUCAUUCCAAAUGCUGCGGUUUGCUGGAGUUGUGACUAUUGAUGUUCCGUUACAUCUCCUGGAAAUAAACCAAUGUCCACAGCCGUUUUAUGUCGCCAACGCCUUCAAGAACACGGCCAAGUGUCAUGUCCCGUCUACCAAGUGUCGGCCGUUCAUUGGCUACGGUAUGACAAGAGGAGCAUAUCGCUGUGACUGUCGGCGUGGGUUCGAAUAUCCAUUUAGGGACCAGAAGAGAUGGUUCGAGGGGUAUUUAAUGGACCGGGAGUAUGAGAAAAAACAACAGGGAAUGUUUAGUCGGUUUGACAGUCUCACUUGCCGUGUCUCCUCUGGCCAGUCUUUGAUUCCGGAUCCAUUCUUGCUCGUCCUCACUUUCUAUGCCAUCAACUUUCUCAUCGCCUGGAAAAAUGUUUAGGAAGUGAACUCUGAAAAAUUCUAGUUUAUUGUUUUUCUACUCAUCAGCAAUAUACUACUACGACGUCGUGAUACAUGUAUAUAACGCCCCGUGUCUAUGGAGCUACGCUUCAUGUUGCAUCGUGUAGGCUUCCUAUCGUCCCGUGUCUAUGGAGCUACGCUUCAUGUUACAUCGUGUAGGCUUCCUAUCGUCCCGUGUCUAUGGAGCUACGCUUCAUGUUACAUCGUGUAUGCUUCCUGUCAUCCAGUGUCUAUGGAGCUACGCUUCAUGUUACAUCGUGUAUGCUUCCUAUCGUCCAGUGUCUAUGGAGCUACGCUUCAUGUUACAUCGUGUAGGCUUCCUAUCAUCCAGUGUCUAUAUACAACUAUGUCCUAUUUAUUUUACAUACACGUGAUGUACUUUUAUUGAUUUGUUUUUCAAAGGAAAACAAUAAAUGUGUUUACUGCCGUAACAAAAA